CAAAUCGGCAGCUGGUUUCUGGUUGACUCGCUGCUGAAGGCUGGGAACAUUAUAACAGGAAACAAUGACAGCAUUCGCAGAACAUCUGAAGCUGAUGGUAAAAACCUUCAGAAAGGAGUCCCACAGGGUUUUACCAUCAGAGAGGACCACCGUCCACGGAGCCGACAGCAUGCUGAUGGCGCUUCAGUUGGCCAUGGCUGAGGUCAACAAGCAGCAUCAGGGAGAGUUCAAGGUGGAUCUGAGCGACGUCCUGAUGGCGUGGAAACACCUUCUGCUGGACAAACUUCACCUGCCGCCACCCGGCGCCGCUCGCCUGGAGAACUCCGAGCUCUUCCUGGAGGUGUACCAAUCUUUCCUGAAACGCUCCAACACUGUGGACCUUACGGAUGUUCUGGCCUUGAACAAGGAGCUGAGAGCGGCGGGUUCGGAUCCGGAGGAACUUGUGAGCGCGAUCCAGCUGUUUGAGUUCCUGUCAGGUAACAUGGAAACCCCAGAUUCAUCAGCUCCUUUAACGCCGUCUAGUCAAAGCAGGCGCUGCCGCUCCCAGAUAAAAAUGGCAGUGAGGCGAGUUUUCUGCUCCUAUCUGAGUUUGCUGGUGAACUCUAAGAACGACAUGGCCUUGGCCCUCACCCUCAACGUUCCCUGUCGCUCUCUGCAACGGCAGGCAUUCACUGACGUCAAGCGUGCCGCGCGAGACAGCCAAACAUCUCUCUUCCUGGCUGUGACAUCUUUUGUUAGAGCCAUCCAGAUUGGAGGGAAGGGCUACGCACCCGCAGAGUCUGAUCCCCUCAGGAAGCAUAUCAAAGGCCUGUCUGACUACGUCCAGUUCAUGGACAACCUGGAGGAAAUACUGGGGGAAAUUUCUGACCCAAGUGAAUGUGGAGCCAGGCUGCUGGCCGCCAUCAGAGCAGCUUUGGUGAAAGGACGCAGUACUGGGGAUCCAGUUUACGCUGCUGCAGAAGAAACUACAAAAGAGCUAAAAGAGAGGAUUGUCCAGCUUCACCAGACCCAGAAACAAGCUGCUAAUGUGGAUGGGACGGGUAUAAGUCCUGCUAGGCCAAAAGCUUACGCUGUCAACCACGCCACUGCAUACGGAGGGCGAGAAACGGUAAAGGUGCUAACAGCGCUGCUUGACGAAGAAGCCGUGGCUCCGCCGUGUGGUAACAAGGCAGACCUGCUGUCUGAAGACCAGCCGGUCCUCAGCGGAGCCGAGGGAACCUGUGUCCUCACGCUGUUCAGAUCCCCUGAAGUGUCCAUUGGAUGUUCUCCAGAACCCCUGAGGAACAGAGUCCAGAGCCGACUAAACCUGCUCAAGCCCAAGGUUACACAAAGGGUGAUCCGAUCCCAGUUUGCCUGCACAUACAAUGAUGAACCGCCGCUCAACCGGGUGCUGGACUUCCCAAGCACCAGCCAGAUGCCGAGCUGUGUUCACCCAGCGCCAAAACCAACAACCGGCCUAACUGUGGAAGAUGGGUUCAACCCAGAGGCAGAAGAUACAGCAGUUUUUGUAGCCAAGCCUUCCAGUGAAUCCCGAAGAAAAGAUCGCUUUGAGGUACAGCGGGGGGUUGCUCCCGAGCAGAGGAGUGGAAAUGCUCAAAACGGAGGUGGAUGUCCAAGUAAUAAAAGGAAAACUGGCAUUCAGAUGCAGAGCAAGGGUAAUAAGAGGAAGCAGCUGGAUUCUGAGCAGCACACCGAAUCAGAGAAUGAACCUCCGGAGAAGAAACAGCACACCCGUGUGUCAGUCAAAGUGCCCGGCAAAAACGUCUGCAAGGCUUCAAAUAAAAAGAAACUCAUAGCUGGACAGGGAAAGCUUACCAGUUUCUUUAGAGUUUAGGCUUCUUUCACUGAUUUUAUGACAAAAUAUGAUUGUAAAUUUGCUUAAUUUGAGUCAGCUAAAUGGUUAAUUUCACCUGAACACAAAUUAUGAAACAGUUGUCCCUACACAGGUUCCCUGACUUAUAUUCUGGCUACUUUUUCGUUAAAUUUUGUCCCUGUAAAAAAAAUUUUGUGAACAGGAUCUUUGUUUUUUUGUGAUUCUUGGACAUUGAUAUGUAUCAUAGCUUAGCCGCUAAUUAGCUUGCCUACAUUAAACAAAGGGAAAACAAUAACUAGAACUGGCUAAUGAGUUUUUCCUCAAGUAUGCAUUUCUACAAAUUGAGUGGUAAACAGGUUGAGUAGGAAACAGUAAAAUGAUGAGUCUGUCCGACUAUAAUCUGAGCAAACCGAGAGAAACGGCUAACUACAAAUAGAAACUGGCCACUAGCAAAAAUUUUAUGUGCAACAAAUUUUUGACAAAUGUCUUAAUGUCUGGAUAAAUCAAAGAUGGGCCAAGCAAUAAAGUACCUAAAAUAGCUGUAACUAGCAAUAAAUUGCAAAAGUUCUUGCUACCAAUUAAAUUUUAUACAUGCCAGAUGUUUUGUAUUUUUUUCCUUUUGGAUCAUAACUUGAAAUGUCUGACUGUAGUUUAUUGAUGAGGUAGGAUUAGCAUUAACCCAUUUUGCUAAAGACGCUAAAAAAAAACAAAAAAACAACUGAUUUCUAGCCUCUGGCUACAGAUUUGGAUGUUUUCCCAGUAUCAAAGGUGCCAAAUGUUAGCCAUGUAUGCCUUUCAAUUAAGUUGUCAAGACGCAAAAACUGAUAACACUUUUUAGCUAGCAGUUUUAGCUCAACAACCUUAACACUUUGUUUUAUUUCAAGUUCUUGGUCAACUUUUUGUACUUUGACAUAUUUCCAGAUCCAAAAGCAUAAAAAGGUUUUAGUUUUUGGAUCUGAAAAUAGUUCCUGAUCCAAUUAACAAAUAGGUGCAUUUUUUAAUGCAAUUACCUUUAAGGCCAAUAUUGUUCCCCCCCCCCCCAAGUCAUUUUAAAACUUGAACAAUGUGAGGAGGGAAAAUCAAACUUAGAGUCCAUAUUUGAUCAUUGCACUUUAUUUCUAACUUAUCUGCAUACAUGUAAACAGAAAUGCAUUUAAUUGCUACAUAUGAAGUUUGAACUUUUACUAUGUACAAUUCCAAUACAAGCUUCCAUUUAAUAAACUGUUCUGUUGA